AAGCGUGUAAAAACAGCGGCAGGUCUUUAAAUCUUUAUUAAACAAAGCAGUUAGAUGACAUCACUGCGUCACUGCGUCAGCACUGAUGGGAACAGCUGGUCGCUCACUGCUACAGGUCAGAGUUCAUAUCGCAGCCGGCCACGCCCACAGGCGCAGCUGACACGGCACCGUGGAGUCUUCAGGUGACAGCCGGACCGAGCUGUCACACUCCAGCUGUGACAGCUGCAGGAAGUUUACUGCGCAUGUGCGGUGUGUCCGGGAACCGCUGAGAGGAUUUUAAACCGAGCCGGACACGCAGGGCUGACUCCGUGGAUCCGCUGAGACUCUGAAAGAACAGCAGGAAAACUCGUCCCCCGUGACGCAUGCCGGCUGUGGCACCAACACGCCACCUGCCGGAGGACUGAAGGGGCGGGCCUGCCCUGCUGCUGUGCUUCAUGGAGGUAAAGAAAAUGUGUUUAUGAUAGAAACACGACAGAUUCACUGCAAAGUAACUGACUGACAAAGAACAAACACUGAACACAACAACACAAAGAGUAACUGAGAAUAAACAGACACACAAAAGUGUGUGAAAGCACAGAAACGAGGAACAAAAAGAGCAAACAUGGACACACAAAGCACCAGCAACACACAGUCCACGCAGAGACUCGGUAUGAUGGAAAAGAGCAAACGACGAUGAUAAAAGAAAAAGAGAAAGAGACAGAGACACUGCAGGGACACGGAGACGGAAAAAGGCUCAAAGACACCAACAAGGGGAUAAACAACGAGACAGGAAGUGAGACAUCGUGCGUACAAACACACAGAAGCACCUGUUAGCAGCGAGAUCACUGAGAGUAGGACACACUGCAACCAGGCAGGAAAUGACUUUGCAGUACUCCAAACCACCGCAGAGGUGCGACCGCCAGUCCAGCUGCUGAUUUGUGACUCAGCCGAGCUUCUCAGACUCGUCUAAUCCUCAGUUUGACGCUGAUGAUGACGUUUUGUGCUUCGCAGCGUUCGUUGGAGCAGAGAGACAGACGUGAGCGUCUGCAGGAACACCUCCACCACAGAGACUCGGAUGGACCUGUGGUCAUGCGGACACAGAGAAACAGGAGAGGACGUUUAGAGCACUUCCUGUACUGUAAGCACUCCAGGCUGAAUCAUCUGAAACAGGAAGUUCAAAGGUAUGGGUUGGAGAACCAGUACGUCUUCAGUGAAGACAUCCCUGCGUACCCCCGACCCGAGUUCCACGUGAGCCGUGUCAAACACGACACGGAGCGACGGGGCUUAUGUUGCAUCAGGGUGGACGACGGCUUCGGGGAUCCUCACAGGCAGGUCCUGGUGUGGUGGAGUCUGGCUGUGGGACCCGAGGAGAUCCAGGAGGCCGAGACGAGGCUGCUAGAGGAGACCCACCCAAACCGGACGGAGGAGCAGGCUGCGAGGCAGCGGAGCUUCCUGUGGAGGUUCGCCUCCUCUCCGGCCUUCGGCGAGAAGUCCAGGCUGGGCUCGUACCGCUUCACCUUCCCCCUGCAGGAGGUGCUGACCGCCUACAGCGAGCAGUUUUGCUCCGGAGCUCCGCCCAUCAUGAGGGUGUUCAAGACCUCGCUGUACAAACAGGAAGUGCAGUACUCUGUGCUGGUCCACAGCCCGGCCAAUCAGCUGCUCUUCUCAAGGUUUCCUUUGCUCCCUGAUGAUGACCCGGACGCCGUCUGCGCUUAUAGAGACGGACGCUUCAUCUGGAGACCGGAGGCCAUGUGUAAGACACACAGUUACGAGCUGACCCACAGACCUGAUGGGAACCACGUGGAUGCUCAGCAGCUGAUUCGACGAGUGUUUUAUGUUUGGGACAAUGUCGCCGUCGCCCUGCACGUGGAGAACAGACGGGUGCUGACGUUUGACGCUGACCGCCUGAGACAGAACCUCAGGUUCUGUUGGCCGGAGGAAGUAACAGCCAGAAACGACGAGGAGGAGUUCGAUGAUUUCGAAGACGCUACAAACUUGGUUAAAUGCCUGUGGCCGGGCUGGCGCUUCCCCCUGGAGGAGGAGCGCUCGCUCCUGCAGCGUUACACAGUGUCCGACAUCAGACUGGUUCUUGUUGGGAGGCCUGGAGUGGGGAAGAGCUCCACUGGGAACGCCAUCUUAGGAAGGCUUGCCUUCAGUCCAGGCGGUCCAUCCUCAGGGACGUCAUCGUGCUGCUGGCAGAGCGAGUGGGUGUUCGGCCACCAGGUGACCGUAGCCGAGACUCCCGGUCUCUCGGAAACAUCAGACGAUGCCGUGAAGAGGGACAUCUCCACAUGUGUCAACAUGCUGAGGCCCCACGCCGUCCUGCUGGUCACCAGGGUGGGGUCCUCCACCGUGGAGGAUCUAGCCACCAUGAGGCAGGUGGAGGAGUUCUUUGGGAUGGACGUGUCGAGGUACACCAGGAUCCUCUGCACCUAUGCUAACCCGGCGGCUCCAGACAUCGAGAGACAGCGCCGGGCGGCGGGACCUGAGCUGCUUUUCAAAGUGGGCUACAGGUACCACGUCCUCAACAACAACCCGGACCACUGGGACGGUCAGCAGGUCUACGAUCUGGUGCAGGCCGUGGCGAGGAUGGUCAUGGCUAAAGGAGGGGAGGUCUACUCCAUCAGGAACGCCACCUGAGUGCUGGGUGAUGUUGUAAUGUUGUUUACACUGUUUACCCUCAGGUGAUGGAGUGUGGCGUACGAUAAAUGCACCAGAACACCCAGCACAGCGACACCUGCUGGCCUUAGUGAGGAGGUCACCUCCCAGUUUAGCUUCCAUGAUGCAUCAUGGGAAGUCCCCCCCCAUACUGACGUCAGCAGGUUUGAAAAUGCAGUUUGUUUGUAGCCGACUGCGAAUGUUUAAACUGUGAAUAUUUGCAACGAUCCAAAAGCCUUUUUAAAAAAUCCCAACAGUGCCGAUCUCACGAAGAUCAUUCAAGACACACAUGUGUCUGUGAGGGUUUGAAAAUGACAGGAAGCCAAAACAGGAGAAAUCUGCUCUCUCUUUCUAGUCCCUGUCAGGACUCUUGCUGCAGCAUUUUGGAUCAGCUGAAGGCUUUUCAGGGAGUUUUUAAGACUUCCUGAUAAUAAUGAAUUACAGUCGUCCAGCCUGGAAGUAAUAAAUGCAUGAACUAGUUUUUCAGCGUCACUCUGAGACAGGAUAUUUCUAACUUUGGAGAUGUUGGUCACAUGAGAGGAAUGUGUGAGUGACAGAACAAAUGAACCUUCUGAAGUUUGGAAAACUGUGUCCAUGAGGACUCCAGCAUCACCGCGUCUCCACCUGCUGGUGAGGACCCGCCUCUGCCUUCGUGCAGACCAACCGCUGCACAGCGUUACUAACAGGAGGAUCAUUUCCACGGUGGACACAAUCAGAGUGCUGCAUCUGCCAAUCAGCAGUGAUUUUCUCUGUGUAGCCCCUCCCACAGACACACCUAUGGGCCCAGUUCUCACCUGACCCAAUGCAGCACCGACAGCCUGUCAGUGUUGACCAUUUAAGCCAAUCAGCUGCCAGCACAUGUGUAAAGAUGAAACUGAGGAAGUGAAAAUGAAAAACCACAUCAUCUCUGAUGUCUCCUGUAACUGAUUCAAUAACGAUGCUAAUGAUGUUUCUGCGGUCAGGUUUUAUUCUGAUUUUAUUCUGAUUAUUAAUGAGCAGUAUUUAAAUGAACUGUUUUAACCUUUAAAGCUUCUUUUCCUUUGAUGUCUCCUGUUUCACUGUUAUCAGGAGUGUUUUGUCUUUGUGGAUGUGCCAAAUAAAAUAUUUUUCAUAUCGUUUUCAGACAGUAAA